GACUUUCAAGUGGGUAUGCAGGAAUGUGUGUUGUGUUUAAGUGCAUUGAGGGACCUCUGCCACUGCUCACAAACCCAUCGUCAGCACUUGGACGAGCGGUUUGGCUGCAGACAGUUAUUACGACGAGUUAUUGAUCUUCUCACAGCUUGCAUUUAACUUGAUCGUUCAGAGGUCUGACUAUUCACACUAGUCCUAUUGCCUUCCUCCAACAGUAACUUAUUGGGUAGGGCUAGCACUGCGGGUGGGUGGGGGUUUAACUCUCUUUGGGGAUUGUGGUUUGAAAAACCUGACCGUUUUUUUAAUCGACAGAAAUCUACGUGUUGAGGAGUUUGCAGUUUUGCUAAGGCAACAGCACUGCAGACUCUGUGUUGCAUAGCCUACUUUGUGUUGGGGACCGUCCGUUGCCGACUGUCUGUUGCGGACCGUCUGUUGCAGACCGUCUGUUGCGGACUGUCUGUUGCACACUCUGAUUGCAGACUGUCGGUGCUCAUCACCAGCUCCGUGCACUGGUCCUCCUGUCACAGGACCAUCACUCUGACAUUCGCCGUCCACGGUCAUUGUACCAAGGUUACCCAAGGGAUGUAAUUCAGCAGGCAGUAACAGCGACAACAGAGUGUUGUGAUGGUUAAUCACGGAUCCCCUCUUCAUUAUGUCACCAUGACAACAGCCGCGGACGGGGGAGCGUGCGGAGAGUAGACAGGUGUUGGGGUUUGCGCAUCGCGAGUGAGAUCGUCGGCAGGAUGGGAGCCGCGGGAACACCUACGCAAUCCCACCUCAGAGGCUCAAGUGCUCGGCAUCCUUUCUUUUUUUAAUACGGAAUAUCUCGUGUCCGGUUAGCCGAUCAAACGCCACAAUGGUGCACCAUUCGGGGUCGAUUCAGUCCUUUAAGCAGCAAAAAGGCAUGCACAACAGCAUCAGUGAGAUCCUGAAGGAGAAGACCCUGAAGCCCACCCGCCGCAGCCUGCCCUGCCUGGCGCCCAGCCAGACCCACCCCCUCAACCUCAACCACUUCCUGUCCGUCCCCCUCAGCCCCAGCGAGGCCAAACCCGAGGCCCCGCGCAUCACUCACAGCAUCAGCUCCUCCUGCAGCCUGCUGCCCCCGCAGCCCGCUGAGGAGAGCAAAGACCGCUAUGUGGAGGAGUCCGAGUCCCGGGCCUACGAGCCCCCCGCCAACCAGUCCUUCCUGGUCCAGAAACACGUGACCCGGGCCCGACUGGAGGCGCGGUCAGACUCUGUUCAGGGGAAGAAUCGACCCAAGUCGUCAGGGCUGCUCCUGCGAGACGGUAAGAAGAGGAUAGAUUACAUCCUGGUGUACAAGAAGUCCAGCCUGCAGGUGGAGAAGAGGUGCACCUUCGAGAAGAACCUGCGGGCGGAGGGCAUGGUGCUGGAGAAGGAGCCCUCUCUGACCAACAACGACAUCAUGUUUGUGAAGAUCCACGCCCCCUGGGACACGCUCUGCAAGUACGCAGAGCAGAUGAACAUACGAAUGCCCUUCAGGAAAAAGUGCUUUUUCACUGACUGGAAGAGCAAAAACAUUCGCAGCCGCUUCCAGCUGCGCUGCGCCCAGAUAAAGAGCUGGCUGCCCAGGAACCCCAUGAAGCUGGACAAGGCCGCGCUGCCCGACCUCCAGGACACAGACUGCUACACCGCGCCCUUCACCAGGGCACGCAUGCACCACUUCACCAUCAACAGCAGACAGUCGUUCUUCUCAAACUCGACCAGAAGCAGGAUCGUCCACCAUGUUCUCCAGCGCACCAAGUACGAGGACGGCAAGUCCAAGAUGGCUCCGCCUCUGUGUUGUCUGUCUCUACUUAAUUAUUAUGGUCGCCAUGACCGGAUCUAUGCCCAGUCUGUGAGCUCCUGGGAAGGUAUCAAUCGGUUGCUGGGCAACGGCACAUACGAGGCCGCCUUCCCGCCCCACGAGGGCGGGUACAAGAGCAGGCACCCCAUAAAGACCCAUGGGGCCCAGAACCACAGACACCUCCUGUAUGAGAGGUGGGCUCGCUGGGGCAUCUGGUACAAGUACCAACCCCUGGACCUCAUCAGGCGGUACUUUGGGGAGAAGAUUGGUCUGUACUUCGCCUGGCUGGGCUGGUACACGGGCAUGCUGAUCCCUGCUGCUCUGGUGGGCCUGUUUGUGUUCCUCUAUGGCCUGUUCACCAUGGACUCCAGCCAAGUCAGCAAAGAGAUCUGCGACGCCAACACCACCAUCAUGUGUCCCAUGUGUGAGGAGUGCGAACCCUGGACACUCAGCGACAGUUGUGUGUACGCAAAGGUGACCCAUCUGUUUGACAAUGGGGGCACUGUGUUUUUUGCCAUCUUCAUGGCUAUAUGGGCUACAGUCUUCCUAGAGUUCUGGAAGAGGAGGAGGGCGGAGCUCACGUACGACUGGGAUCUGAUAGACUGGGAGGAGGAGGAGGAUGAGCUGAGGCCACAGUUUGAGGCAAAGUACUCCAGGGUGGAGAGAGUGAACCCCAUCUCCGGCAAACCCGAGCCCUUCCAGCCCCUCACGGACAAACUCAGCCGGCUCAUGGUGUCUGUAUCGGGGAUCUUCUUCAUGAUCUCCCUGGUGUUGACGGCGGUGUUUGCCGUGGUGGUGUUCCGGCUCAUCGCCAUGGAGAAGUUCGCCUCCUUCGACUGGGAGUUUGUGAAGAAGAACUGGCAGUUUGCCACCUCUGGCACUGGGGUCUGCAUCAACUUUGUGAUCAUCAUGUCUCUCAACGUGGUAUAUGAAAAGGUGGCUUACCUGCUCACCAACCUAGAACACCCGCGCACAGAGUCCGAGUGGGAGAACAGCUUCGCCCUCAAGAUGUUCCUGUUCCAGUUCGUCAACCUGAACAGCUCAACGUUCUACAUCGCCUUCUUCCUCGGGAGGUUUGCAGGCCGGCCCGGGAAAUACAACAAGCUGUUCAACAGGUGGAGGCUGGAAGAGUGUCAUCCAAGCGGCUGUCUGAUUGAUCUGUGCCUCCAGAUGGGCGUCAUCAUGUUCUUCAAACAGAUCUGGAACAACUUCAUGGAGCUGGGUUAUCCUCUGCUGCAGAACUGGUGGUCACGCAGGAAGAUGAAGCAGGGAGGAGGGGGGGGCCCGAACGCAGAGACCACGGCCACGCUCCCGCAGUGGGACAAGGACUGGAACCUGCAGCCCAUGAACGCCCACGGACUGGUGGACGAGUAUCUGGAGAUGGUGCUUCAGUUCGGCUUCACCACUAUCUUCGUGGCAGCGUUCCCGCUGGCCCCUCUGCUGGCACUGCUCAACAACAUCAUCGAGAUCCGUCUGGACGCCUACAAGUUCGUGACCCAGUGGAGGCGGCCCAUGCCCGCCCGGGCCACCGACAUAGGUAUCUGGCACGGGAUCCUGGAGGGCAUCGGGGUGCUGGCGGUCAUCACCAACGCCUUCGUCAUCGCCAUCACCUCCGACUACAUCCCCCGCUUUGUCUACGCCUUCAAAUAUGGGCCCUGCGUGGACAAGGGAUACCGCAACGAGAAGUGUUUGCGAGGCUACAUGAACAGCAGCCUGUCGGUGUUUGAAAUGGGCGAGGCUUACAACGGCAGCCAGGGGCAGACCCGCUUCUGCCGUUACCGUGACUACCGGGCCCCCCCCUGGAGCCCCGCGCCCUACGACUUCACCCUGCAGUUCUGGCACGUGCUGGCGGCCCGCCUGGCCUUCAUCAUCGUCUUCGAGCACUUGGUGUACGGCAUCAAGUCGUUCAUCGCGUACCUGAUCCCAGACAUGCCCAAGGGCCUGUGUGAGCGCAUGCGGAGGGAGAAGUACCUGAUGCAGGAGCUGAUGUACGAGGCCGAGCUCACGCACCUGCACAAGGAGAAGAAGAAGAACGGCAAGCGCUACCACCAUGAGUGGCCUUAGACCCAGAGACAAGCGCACACACACACAAACAUACUGACAUACACACAACUCACUCUGAUUCACACACACAAACAUGGACAUGCACACAUGUAAACUUGCAUAAGCACACAUGCACAAACGCAGACACACACACAAACGCGUAUGCAAAGACAUAUGUGCACACACAUUAACGCGCCCACACACAAGCACACAUAUGAACACACACUUGCAUACAUAAAGAUAUGUGCACACAACCAUUCACAUGCAUGUACACACACACUCCCACACACUGAAGGACGCCGCCCCCGGGCCCACGGGCCCGUCCCACCCUGUCUGCUCAGUGAAGUGUGUUGGCUUCCAGAGUUUGGAUUCAUGCAGCUGGCUCUGCACACCAAAGACACCGAGCCGCCAUUCCUCCUGAGGAGUCUGGCCCGACCCCCGGCCCCCAACCCCCGGCCCACCCUGGUCACUGUGCCCUCUUCUCCGGCCCUGGUUCAUACUUGUUUGUGGUGCUUCGGCACUCAGCCAACCCC